UCACAUUUACCAAACAACUAGAAAAUCUUCUCAUUUUCAUUCCUUCAACUUUCUUUCCAUCCAUUUUCUUUUUUCAUCCAAACAAAUCAUUAGUUUGGCUAAAUCUCAAAAUAUCGAUCCUCAACCAAAACUCUCAUUUCCGAUUUUGAUGUUGAGAGUUGAGACCACAAACCCUAAUUCCCCUUUUCAUCAAAAACCCUAAUUCCAUUCCACUCUGUUAUCGUAGCGAUUGAUCCUGCAAUUUAAACAUAAAGCAGGUGCAGACAUUGUUUUGUUUCUCCUAAAGACCUUAGUUUUGUGACGUGUUGUUUUGGAUUGUGAUUGAGGAAUGAUUUUACUAAACAUUGUUGCAGCAAAGCAAACAUGAAUAAUCCGUACGACGAGCAGAAACUAAGAGAUGAAGUGAUCUAUCUACAUUAUCUUUGGCAGCAAGGCCCUCCUCAGCAACCAAACCAUAUUCCUCCUCGGACACUUCACAACAUUCCUUCCUCAUCCUCACAACCCCACUACACUCCUCAUUUCCAUCCGCCACUCCAUCGUCAUCCAUUUCCACCCUCCAACACCGGAUUCGUCCCUCGUGUCACUUCCACUGCCUUCAAGAAAAGAAAUAAAAAAAGGAAGAAGAGGGAAAGGAAAAGAACAGAACCCGACCCUCCUCGAAGUCCUGGUCCAGACUGGCCGUGCCCCAAAUUACCAGACUCUCCCAAAACAGGUUGGCCCGUACCAAAGCCUAGAUCAGAUUCUCCUCCUUCUCUUCAACCUCAAGAGAAGGAGAGGCUCUCUGCAUUACAAUUGCAGAACAAGGCCUGCAAAGCUUUCAGGGAGUUUCUUAUUGACGAAGACAACGAAGUUGUUGAAGAUGAUGAUGAAGAAGACGACGACGACAGUGAUGGUAGGAUGGAAGAGUUUGAGGAAUUUUUCAUUAGGGUUUUCAUGGAAGAUAAUCAACUGAGGGGGUAUUACCAGAGGUGUUUCGAGAAUGGAGAGUUUUUCUGUUUGGUUUGUGGUGCUGCUGAGAAGAAGAAAUCUGGGAAAAAGUAUAAGGAUUGUAUUGGUCUUGUUCAGCAUUCCAAGUUAAUUGUAAGGACGGGCAAUAAAAAGGCCCACAGGGCUUUUGGGCAGGCCGUGUGUAAGGUUCUGGGUUGGGAUAUACAUCGCCUUCCAACUAUUGUCACCACUGGGGUACCUCUUGGGUGUUCUAUGGAGAUCAACCCAGCUCAGUCACUAGGCGACCCAAAGGAAAGUGCUGCUGAUGAUGAUGAUGAGGAUGAGGAUGAUGAUGAUGAUGAUGAUGAGGAGGAGGAGGAGGAGGAGGAGGAGGAGGAGGAGGAGGAGAAGGAUGAUGAUGAUGAUGGAAAGGAUGGUUCCCGCAAAACAGAAGAUAUAGCUGUGUCUUUGGAGCAUGUUAAGGAUCCUGUCGAGGAGUAUGCAAAAGGGGCUGAUCAGAGUAAUUGUGAGUGUUCUUCUAAGGAAGGUGAUAUUGAUGCAAACGUGGGGGACAUUGGCUUGGAAAAUGGAGGAGGGAGAUUUGAGAUGCAGGGUGAGAUUGAGGAGAAAGUUGUGUCUUUGGCGCAUGAUGAUGAACCAGUUGAGGAGCAUGAACAAGCAGUUGAUCGGAGCAUUAGUGAGGUUAUCAUUUUAUAAUAUCAGUUUUACCUUUCUGGAAAAAGAAGAAAACAAAAUACUUGGAUGAAGAAACUGUUGGCUAUUAGCGAUAUCUGAUUAACGAGGCAGGCUUUGUAAUGGUCUGUGCAAUGAAAUUGUACACAUUUCCCUUCUAAUUUUGUUGUGUACUGAGUUAGUUUACCCAUC